UGUAUUUAUAAGCCACAAGUAGUGUCUUAACGUCCUCCAUUACAACAUGUACAACGUGAAAAUAUUUCAGUACAUCCUAAAACAACGAAAAAUCAUAACUAAAAGGUGAUGCUAUAUAAAAUGGCGGUAGAAAACAGUGCAUUCUCGCUAGAUGAUUCAAUGACAGAGAGCACGCGCCUCGUGUUGAAGGAAAGAAAUGAUGGGAUAAUCGAUAAACGACCGAGAAAGGUAUCGCAUACAAGAAAACUGGUCGUCAUGGUUGCAGGUCUUGUACAACAGUUUGUAUCAGUUGGUUUAGGAUUUGGUCUUAGUAUAAUGUAUGUAGAGCUGAUUGCUGUAUUUGAUGCAAAGAGAUCUGAUGCUGCUCUUAUACAAGGACUUUACCUUGGACUCGCGGUAGGAACAGGUAUUGUGCUGACAGGUGUGAUAAAGAAAGUCGGUCCGGGACCAACUAUAAUUGUAGGUUCAAUAGUAGCUUGUAUCGGUUUGUUCACAAGUUCCUUUGCACAAAAUCUGUCAACUAUAAUAGGCCUGACAGGUGUUGUAGCAGGUCUUGGAAUGAGUACCUGCUAUUUGUCCGCAUUUAUCUCUAUAAGCUGGAUUUUUCACGAGGAUCCCGGUUUCCCACUUGUUUGCCUGACAAUAGGGUCUAGUCUUGGGCAGUUUGUAAUACCUUUCCUGUAUGAAUACUUCAUUUCUGAGUAUCAUUGGUCUGGUGCGUUUAUUUUGGUUUCGGGAAUAGCAUUGCAAUGUAUCCCUUUCGGGGUGAUAAUUUACACUUCUAGAGAAUAUUUCGUGAAAAGCGAUCUUAAUAAUGAUGAUAGAAAAGAUUCUUCUACCUGCGAAGGAUAUACAGUACUGCUUAAAGACAUUGUGCUGUGGAUAUUGUUGUUCGAUUUCUUAAUAAUUGCAUUGUCAGGUAAUGUUGAAGCUUGGUUUAUUGUUGACAUAAUGACGUCACGGGGUUAUACUAGGGAAUCCGGUUCGAUCCUUGUGUCGGCUUUGGGAUUCGCAAACUUUAUCGGACGGGUGAGCGGAAGUACUUUGAGAUUUAAAUGCACUAAGAUACCAACAGUAUACCACUGGCUGUGGCUUUGUCCUGUCAUAGCCUUUGGACACAUACUUGUUAUAAACGUGGUUGGUUAUUGGGGUGUUUUUGCUGCUUGUAUUCUACAAGGGGCGGCAUUUGGUAUGAACAAUUCACAGACACCAACUAUCAUGUUUGAGGCGUCAGGCCUCGCAAGAUACCCACAAGCCAUGUCAAUGGUCAACUUAAUGUAUGGGAUUGGAAAUCUAUUUAGUAAUGUAAUCGGGGGAGUCAUUCGGGAUAGCUUUGGACAAUAUGAUAUUGCGUACUAUAUCGCAGCUGGGGUUACUAUUUUGAUAACAUUCAAUAGUGCAAUAGUAUCAUGCAUUUUACAUCGACGCAGACGACGGGAAGUGCAAUAUGACUCACUUAAAUAAAGAGAUAAUCCGAACAAUACAUACAUAGAGAACGUUAUUAGUACUUUUUUAUUAUAACAUCAUCAAACAUUUCAAAUGUUGAUAACCUCAUUAAUUUAGUCGUCUUAAAAUGUUUGUGGGUAAUGGCAUUUUACUUAACAUAUUCGUACAUGUUACUACGGAAUAUUGUUAAUCGCGGUUUAUAACAUAAUGUGUCUACAAUAAACUUUUUUUUGAAAUUUCUAAUGGUCAACAUGUCAUUUGAUUGCAUAUCUAAUUAUUAAACGCUUAAUGCAGUUUAAUAGAAACUAUGCUAAUUUUUUUCCAACAGAAUGUAAUAACAAAUAAUAAAGCUUA